AUGGCGACAGACGGGAAGGUCGAUGUCGUCGACGACAAGAAGCUGAAGAAGGAAAAGAAGAGCAAGGACAAGUCGGAGAAGAAGGAGAAGAAGGAUAAGAAGGAGAAGAAGCGCAGCGAGAGCGAAGGCGUGCACAAGGAGAAGAAAGACAAGAAAAAGGAGAAAGCGAAGCAAGAUAAGCUUGCGCGUGCCCUUGAUGCCCACUUACAAGCCGAUGCCGCGGCGUCAGUCGCGGCUGAGGGUGAGAUGGUCGAAGUCGAUCCUGAGGAUAUCAUCAAGCCCGCCGAGGACCUCGUGCCAUUUGCGCUGCCGCUGGCCGAUGACAAGACACACAAGAAGAUAUACAAGCUUAUCAAGAAGGGCGCCAAGCUCAAGUCCAUCCACCGCGGUGUGAAAGAAUGCGAGAAGGCCAUCAAGAAGUGUCCCGUCAAGACAGCCGCCUCGGGCGAGAUCCCCGCUCCAGGGCUGGUCAUCAUCGCGGGCGACAUCUCGCCCAUGGACGUCAUCAUGCACUUUCCGAUCCUGUGCGAGGAGCACGGUGUGCCGUACCUCUACGUGCGGUCGCGGGCGGAUCUGGGUGUGGCGGCGUGCACGAAGCGAGCGACCAGCGUGGUGAUGCUCAAGCCUGAGGGCAAGAAGGGCGGGAACAACGACGCUAACAAUGCCAACGACAAGGGCAAGAAGAAGGAUGACGAUGCGGAGAUGGAGGACGGCGAGGAUAAGAAGGUCAGCGCCGAGGAGUAUCUCAAGUCGUGGAAGGAGCUGGUCAAGGCUGCGGAGAAGGAGUGGCAGGUGCAGGUGCAGCCGUGGGUCAAGGGCGUUCACCCGUUGCAAAUUGCCACGAGGGAGAAGUCGAGGCUGCUCGAAGCCAGCUCUUGA